AUGGCGCGGGAGUUGAGCAAGAAGAACCUGGAGCUGGUCCUAAUGCAGGCCAUGAUGGCCGCCAAGAACGUGCGCACGCAGCGCGACCGCCUCCUGGAGCUCCACCGCCGCCUGGAGCGCCACCAGGCCGAGGCCGCCCCCGCCGACGCCGAGGCCAAGCUCGGGCAGAUCGCCUCGGACGUCUUCACGGUCUACUACCUCGGACUGGAUCCCGGCUCCAAGAUGCUCUGGGUCUGCCUCGACACCGCCGUCAAGAACCGCGCCGUCUCCACCGUCAACAUCGCCUUGGCGCGCAUGCCCGACGAGCAGCUCUACGACGCGCUCCUCGCGCAGAAGCUCCCCGCCCGCCCCACCACCCAGGCCCAGGCCAUCGCCCGCGUCGAGUCCGCCAUCCUGGCCCUCAAGAUGCUCGAGGAGCACCACCUCCCGCGCUGCGUCGAGUGCCUCGUCGGCGGCCAGGCCCCCAUCCCCGGCAAGCGCCGCGACCCGGUCGCCGCCGCCACCGAGAGCCUCGCCAAGGCCGAUCUGUCCGACGCCACCGCCAAGCCCCGUCACGUAGCCAGCGCCGCCGACGUGGACAAGGCGCUCGACUACCUGUGCCGCGCAAACAGGAUCACGGCCCUCGCCAUCAAGCACAUCGACCUCGCCGUCGCCGUCCUCUCCCGCUUCCUCGGCCCCAAGGAGCUCGCCCGCCUCGCCGAGUUGACCGACCGUGCCGCCUACCUAGGAGUUGAGAUUAGCCAGCCCACUGGCACUACUUCACCUGAUCCAUGGAGGCUGUCGACAUGGGACUGA